AUGACGGACGUUGCGCUAGAAGCGGGUUUGAAAGUUCCAUCCAACUUGGUUCUCGGUGUCAUUGGACAUCUCCGCGCAGUGCUUCCAUCCAUCCUAUCAUCGCACAGCGGCAAGAGCUACCCCGCGAAUCGUUUGCAUAUCCUUUCCGCAUGGUGCGUCUCGAAGCUGCUCGUCCACCGUGUGACUGCUCUGCUCCGACCUCCGGCGCCAGCGUGGGAUGAUGGGAUCCAAGAAGGUAUUAUAGCUGCUGCAUCGCACUUUGUCUGCAUUCUCCGCCACAUCGGGCCAUCGGGGAGUUCGAAGCGAGCGAGGGGCAGUGGCAGAUGCAGUGCAGUUUCUCGAGGCUUCAGCCUGGCCAGAAAACCGUUGGUGGUUGGAAGACACUCUGAGACACCAGCCAGCCAACGGUGCGCAGAACGGUCUCUGCUCAGGCACCCACGCGGUAUCGCUGCACAUCUCUGCUGCACUCAUACGAGCUCUGUCUGCACCCGCGACAAAAAGCACAUUUAUUGCUGCGUGCAACGCUGCAGCUCACCACACCCCCUCUAUCGAAGCAUGGAGUCCAUGCAGAAGCUGCAUCAAAGCUCGACACGUGACUCGGAGACGAUGGAUCUGGGGAGGGAGAGCAUGAGCUACGGAGAGGAACACCUGGCGGAAGGUGGAUCAGCGAGGACGAACACUAUCCAGACGAAGGGUCUCUUCAACUUUAUGGACUUGCCUGUAGAAAUUCGCGUACACAUCUACGAUGUUCUCCUGACAUCUCCUGAAGUCAUCGACAUUGGCUCCCAGAAACCGGAUUCAUCCACCACAAACAACCCAUAUCCUCCUAUCGCCAUCCUUCGAACCUGCAAGAAGGUGAAUGAAGAAACAACACCAAUUCUAUAUGGCAAAAACGCCUUCACUAUAUGUCUUCCCAACGACCCAAACCCCACGUUCCUACUCUCCAAGUUCCGCUGGACGACCCUCCGCGCCCUAAACUCUCUCACGUUCACUAGCAGUAAUGGGCCGGCUCCCUCUCCCUCUAUUGUGGGGAUCGAGUCCCCCUUUUCAGAGCCUGGCUUUCAUUGCACGGGCGCCGACAUUCUCGCACGCUUCACCCUUUCUGAUUUCCGUUACUCUCCCGUUGGACCCGACCACUUCAUGGCAUUGAGCAUCUCGAAUUGGGUCAGCACGAAGGUUCUGGGGGCGCAGUUGAAUGCUAUCCAGAGGGAGUUAGAAGUAAUGAUGGGGCCUUACGAUAAUGUGCUCGCUGCGCUUGGGGGUCCAAUUACCUGAGAGCUUUAACAAAUAAGCAUAGUGGAAUUAUGUUUACGACAGAGAGGCAGACUGUGGAAGUCUACAGCACUCAAUGUACGAGGUCGGUCUAGUACAAUUAGAUUAAUAAAUUGUGUCAAGUUCUUGGUCCCUUUACCUAAGUGGAUCCUGGGCCGCGAGGUUCUGUUUCUCAUCGCAAUUCCCUCGAUACAUUGAGACCUCCAAACUACAGGAGAGCGAUUGGAGACUCGAUGAGAGCGUCCAAUCACUGUACCAAAGUACUUGGGUACAUUGACACGAUUUGCAACGAAGAAUUCAGAUUCACUCACAAAUUGAAAUGGGAUAACGGCCGAUUUUGAAAGCAUGAUUCACUCUAGGAAUCUUCAGAUCAAAUUCAAUGUACGAAAGUACGAUGGAACAUUAAGUCGAUGUGUAAUUUAAAGGGAGAUAAUUCACUCUUAGUUUCGAG